AUGGCGAAGGAAAGCCUGCGGAUAGGCGUAGCAAGCACGGAGCCCAAGCGGGUGAAGGUGUACAUCCUGGAAGACAACGAGUGGAGAGACACUGGGACGGGGUUCUGUACGGGCCAGUGCGAGCAGGAUAAGCCGCAUGCGUAUCUGCUUGUUCGCGAUGAAGAGCAGCCGGAGCGGGUUUUGCUAAAGUCGAAACUGGAAGGAAAUAUCGAGUACCAGCGCCAGGAGGAGACGCUUAUAGUGUGGAAAGACUUACAGGGCCAGGACAUUGCGCUUUCCUUUGAAGAGAGCACAGGCUGCAACGCACUUUGCGAAUUUAUAUGCCUGGUUCAGAAGACAUUUGAGAACAACAUCUCGCUCGUGUCUGUACGCUCCAAUGACGAUGGGAUGGGAUCGGUACACGAGAUCAUCACCGGGCCGGUGCACCUGCCCUCUAAUGAUCCUCAACAAAAUGAGGAGACGCUGAUGGAGUCCCUGCGGAUUCUAAAUGAAAAUACAUCCUUUGAAUUUCUGAAAAAUGAGACUGUUGAUUUCAUAUUGAAUACCAAUUACCUGCACACACUCAUCAACCACUUUCACAUUGCGGAAGAAAAGCUGCUGCAUAAGGACUUGCUAUUGCUGAGCCAUAUUAUAAAAACACUUUUUCUGUACAAUGAAAGAGAGGUUUUGGAACAGCUAAUAGACGACAAGCACUACAUGGGCGUCGUGGGUAUUCUAGAGUACGAUACCGACUUUCCAGAUUGCAAGGCCAGCCAUAGGAAAUGCCUACAGGGAGUACGCCCAAAGUUUCAGGAGGUGAUCCCCCUUAAUGAUGAAAACAUGCGGCAGACGAUUAAUAAAACAUUCCGUCUACAAUUUCUGAAAGAUGUCGUUUUAAUACGGUUCUUGGAUGACCAUGCAUUUAAUUUGAUAACUGAUGUUAUGCUUACUUACCAGACAACAAUUAUUCGAUGUUUGCAGGAGGGUUCUUUUAUUGAUGAUCUCGUUAAUUUGUACACAAAUAAUGCUGAUACUUCCGAUAGUGAUUUAAUCGAGAGAAAACGCCAAGGGAUUAGGCUGUUGGAUGAAUGCGUCCAGAUCUCAUGUAAUCUUGAUCCGCCUGACCGAUCUAUAUUUUACAAAGUUUUGGUGAAGAAGGGUUUAUUCAAUGUCCUGGAUUUUGCUUUCAAUGUUGAAACAAACAGCGAUAUCAGGAUACUUGCAACGGAUAUGAUCAUCUCAAUUAUUGAGUACGAUAUCUUGUUGAUUAAUUCUGUUCGGAAUGAAGUUGAUGAUUCACCAUUUGCAGCAACAAACGAGGACUCUAAUAUCAAUACUGGACUUAUUGAUGAAGGUGGCGCAGACAGUGCUGAUAACAAUUGUAACGGAAAUUCAGCGGUAAAGGCAGGGGAAUCAAAUGGUGCAGAGAGCCCCAUUGCCCCUCCCGGUUCUAGAAGCCCAUCAAGACAUACAUCCGAUAUCUCUCUACUAUUGAUCCUUUCCAAAAUUUUAUUAACUGACCAAAGCCCUGGGUUGAAGGAGCAGGCAUUCCAAGCUUUAAUUACCCUACUAGACCCAGAAGACUUCAUGGGUGAGGAGUAUGAAGACCAAUCCAAUUUGGAGAGCCUGAUGAAGUUUUACGCCAACAGUAAACUACGAGAAAAGCCGUCAACUCCUCCCCAGUUCCAGCUACUGGAAUAUUUCACCAAAUUCUAUGAACAAGUUGCACCUGUCCUUUUCCAAUCCUUCAUAUCGGGAGAGGUAGAAGGUAUGGAUGAUCAACUGCUGCUGCGUUUGGUUAAACUGGUGGAUUUAUUAAUACAUGAACAUGAUAUUAUGCUGUCAAGGGGGUUUAUAUUGGAAAAUGGCAUCUUAUUGACUAUUGGAAAACUAAUGGAACCAUCCCAUAUUAUACAGUUAAGGCUGGCUGCAGUUCGGUGUAUCAAGGGUAUCGUGGCUGUAAAUGAUGAAUUUUAUCACAACUAUCUCAUAUCUAAGAAUCUUUUUGAUCCAAUUUGUCAGCUGCUACAAGAAAAUCUUUACUUUGAUAACAUGGCCAACUCAUGCGUGCUCGACUUAUUUAAGGUAAUUUCGGCACGUUUCGGGCAAGAUCAGGAAUAUGCCGAGGUCAGUACAAAGAACUUCCUGGUUUUAAAUCAAUACUUGGUUGAGCGAUUCGGUCCUCUGUUGGAAAAGGUGGAUUAUGUCCCAUAUACAUCUAGCAUGAUACAAAUGAGCCGUGUGGGCCGUGAUGCAAUCAAUAAGCAACAGGAUAAUAAUGGUGAACGAAAUACUACAACAGGUGGAGAAGCUGAUAAUGAAGAAUUCGAUGUAAUGGGUGCGAUGGAUUCUUCUUUGGCAAGCGAAAGUGAUGGAGAAAAUAACGAAAAUAAUGAAGAGAGUCCAUAUGGUGGUGCGCAAAAUUCGAAGCGCUCCUUCUCUGAUAUCGAAGACAAUACCAUUGGUGUUGAGAAAGGAAAUCCAGAGCCUGGGCUUCCGAUAAAGAAACUUGCAGAAGAGAUCUCGGAAUCAUCCUAG